AUGGUGUUGACGUCUCCGAAUAUGUUUCAGCUGGUUCUGACGGAGUGCCCCCUGGAAGCAGCUGGCAACUCCGUAAAGCUAAAGGAAUUGAGGGCUGUCAACAAAGCUUGUGGCAAAAGCUCAAUGCGACUCACGAAGAGUUCGGAGCUCAACUGGGUAAGGGCGAAAGCAGUCAAGUGCACGAAGAAGUGCAAGCAGGUGCAAGCGCCAACGCGUUCACUGCCAGAGAUUUUUGCACAGCUGUGUGACAUCGCCGUGCCAAAGGAGCAGGGCGAAGCUUCAGUCCAUGUACGUCGUCCCUUUGGGAUCUGCAGGAGGCCACGUGGCUAA